AUGCAGGUUUGGGUCGAUUACGAUGGUCUUUCGCAUAAAAUCGAUGUGACGAUGGCUCCGUUCAACGAGGAUAAACCUAGAAAACCGCUUGUUUCUACUGUCAAGGAUCUAUCUUCGGUGAAGGGAAAAGCUCCGCCGUUGGCCUUAUCGAAACUUCCGAAAAUUCCGAGGUUUGGGCCCACCAAAAUACAGAGGUUCUACAAGAACGGGAUGCUAGUUUCCCUCGUGUUGAUUCCGGUCUUGUUUAUUUUCUUGAUCGUAUUCCUGGUGCGAUUCAUUGUGAGGAGGAGGAGAAAGUUCGCCGAGGAGAUCGAAGAUUGGGAAACAGAGUUCGCCAAGAUUCGGUUGAAGUUCAAGGAUUUAUACUAUGCCACCAAAGGGUUCAAGGAGAAUGGCCUUCUCGGAUCAGGCGGCUUUGGAAGCGUUUACAAAGGUGUCAUGCCCAAGACGAAGAAGAAGAUCGCCGUGAAAAGAGUCUCCAACGAAUCCCGACAAGGGUUGAAAGAGUUUGUGUCUGAGAUCGUGAGUAUUGGUCGGAUGAGUCACCGGAACUUGGUCCCUCUCUUGGAGGUAACACUCGACUGGAAACAGAGGUUUAAAGUCAUCAAAGGUGUGGCCUCUGGCUUGUUCUUCCUCCACGAGGAAUGGGAACAAGUGGUGAUUCACCGCGACAUCAAAGCCAGCAACGUCUUGUUAGACGCGGAGCUCAAUGGGAGACUCGGAGACUUCGGUUUAGCUCGGUUGUGCGGUCACGGCUCGGAUCCUCUAACCACUCGUGUCGCUGGAACAUGGGGAUACUUAGCCCCUGAUCACAUCAGGACAGGAAAGGCCACGACCGCACCGAUGUUUUUGCGUUUGGGGUGCUCCUACUUGAAGUAG